CUCACUCUUUCCACUGCGACAGUGUCCAGAACCCUAUAUAAAGAGAGACUUGGGGGACAGAAAGGUAGAGAGCAGCAAAGCAGCACAGAGAGACUUUGAGAGACGAUCCUCAGCUCCACUCAGCAUCUCCAGAAGACAUGAAGGUCUCUGUAGCUGGCCUCGCCUUCCUCCUACUCCUUGUCUCCUUGUCUCUGACCGUCGCUUCCCAACGUGCUAUGGAUGCGUCUCCCUGCUGCCCCAGGUACAACCACAAACCGUUCCCAAGGAGAAUCGUGAAGAGCUUUUUCCGCACCAGUUCGCACUGCGACCAUCCUGCCGUGGUGUUUGUAUUCAGGAAUGGUAGAUCGGGCUGUGCUGACCCCAAGGCCGAGUGGGUGAUAAAACUGAUGGCAUCCCUUACACCAGAGUGAGAACAACCCACCUAUCCAUCAACCGUCUGCAUCUCUGCCUCUAUCCUUCUGGUGCCAGCUGCAGAUCUCCUGCUAGGAAGAGCUACCUUUGAGCCACAGCCUCAUUCCACUAGUGAUCCUGCUGUUUCUCUGAUAUCCACCCACCCAAGG